AUGCCUCCCGCCUCGCCCAACGCUUACGCUCCGCUGGAGUCUGCUUCUGAGCAAGCCUUGUCGCCCUCUGGCUGGAGCAAUAUCCUCAAAGUGCCGCUGUCGUGGGUCGGCUACUGUCCUCCCGGUCGCGCGUACCUUUCCCUGCAGCACCAAUCCACCGUGAACGCUACCGAGCAAGCCGCGUUUGCUGCCGGCCAACGGGCUAGACAAGAGCAUGUAUCGCAUGCAGCUUGUGGCGUCAGUGCUUUUGGUCUGAAUUCGAUUUACUCGGCGCCGUUGGCCAUUGUGGACAAAAUGGCGAGUCAUGCCAGUGCCAGCGAUGGCUUCGUGGACUAUAACAGCUGCUCCGUGGGACUGAACACCAACGAUUUUGGAGGGACUUCGAGCAAGCACUACGUAGGGCCAUUGAACCAUGCCGACUUGUCCUUCCGCACGGGUGAUGGCUGGUGGGGGGACAAUCGCAAACCGCUCAAGUGGUUCCAGUGUUUGUUGUAA